UGCCGGGGGCGGCCCCAGGCCGGCUGCAGGCCCGCCCCGCGGCGCCCCACGCGGGCACCAGUUCCUCUUCCCCCAGAGUCGGGGGCGCACGGCCAAGGGAGCGCCGGGGCCCGCACCCGACCGGCCGCGCGUGCCCGCGACACAGCCCCCAGACCCGCCCAGGCAGAGGCGUGGAGGUGCCUGAUGGGGGGCGCCCUGGCCUGGGUGCUGCUGCUGCUGCAGGCUCCGGGGUGCCCGGGCCUCGCCUGCGAGGUGUUCCCGGAGGCCGUGAACUGGAGCCAGGAGUUCGGGGGCCCCUGCCUGAACCUCAGCGGCCGGGCUCUGAGCCUGCCCCAGGACCAGCCGCUGCGCGCCCCUGGCCUGCAGGUCCUCGAUCUGUCCGGGACCGGCCUGCGGGGCCUCCCCGCGCCCUUCCUCGCCCAGCUGGGCGGCCUCCGCACCCUCAUCCUGACCGGCAACCGGCUGGACCGCGUGGACGCGGCGCUGGCCGCCCGCUGCGGCCUGGCCCUCCUCGCCGACUGCGCCUGCGCCCUGGCCCCCUGGUACCGGGUCCGGAGGGACAACUGCUCGGGCCAGGAGCCCCUGCGCUGCCUGCUCCCGGCCGCCGGCGCCUGGCACAACCUCUCCAGCUUCCUGGGGUCCAGCUGCGGCCCCGGCCUGGCCCCGGCGGCCAUCGGGACAGCGGCGGCCGGAGGGGUCCUGCUGCUGGCGCUGGCCGCGGCCGGCCCGGUGCUGGCCUGGAGGCUCUGGGGCCGCCGCCGCCGCCACCGGGACCCUGGCAAGACCUGGGCCGCCCAGGACGCCCCGAGGCGCAGCUCGGGGGCGCAGCCCCGGUACAGCAGCCGGGGCCUCGGCCCGCAGCCCGCCACGGCCGCCCCGCGGGGGCCCUCGGCGCACGACUACGAAAACGUGAUCGUCGGCCAGCCGUGGCCCGGGCCUGGGGCGCCCCCCGCGGACGACUGCGACCUCUACAUGAACUAUCAGGGGCGCGGCCCCGCCCCCCAGCCCGUGUACGGCAACCUGGAGUCCCUCGCGCAGGCCUCGCUGGACGAAGACGAAUACGCGGUGGCGGGGUGCUGACCCCUCCCGUCCCCUGCCCGCCGGGCCGCUGAGCUGGGGGCGGGCGCUCCGGGUCUUCCCAGCUGAGGGGUGGGUACGCAGCCUGCCCCCCGAGCCCCACCUCCACCCCAUUCUGCCCCUCCAUUGUGAGGGAGGGAAGAGGGGAGACCCUCCCCCUCCACCCCGAAGAGGUCCGGGGCCCCGUCAUCACCCGCCUGUGUGCAGGUGGUGCUCAAUAAAUACUUUGAAUCGGACAAGGCUGCCAGGCUCCAGGUUCCUCCAGCGGGGGGCCGGGGGGGCUUGCCCAGCUCCCAAGGCUGCAUCCUCAG